AUGUCGGGAAAGGAAUCUUACGAUGGAGAAGAUGGAAUUUGGCAAGCCGGAGCAAUUACGACGGUGAUAGACGGGAUCGGAGCUGCUGCUGUCUACUCCACCGGCGACGGAUUAUAUUCCUCCCUUGAUCUCAAUGUUUCCUUUUAUUCAACGGCCAAGAUUCAAGAAAAAGUAGAGGUAGAAGCAAGAGUGAAGGCGACCAAUAAUGGAGGAUUAAAAUCAGCUGUGAUUGAGAUUCGAAGAGAAAGUAAUGGAGAAAUCAUAGCCACUGGAAGAAUGUGGAUGUCCCCACUUAGCGUCAAAGUCAGACACAAUGUUUCUAAAAUUAGUAAGCUUUGA